AAAUCCCGAGAUGUUUUUGUGCUGCGUUUGGCACAGAGGAGGGAAGGGCGAGGCCAGACCAGCUCCACAUCACCGCUGUCCCGAGCUGCGGCGUUUCUAGCCCUGUCCUGGCAAGGAGAGAGGAAGCGUCGGGGGCUGUUGGUGCAUCGCAGCAGCGGAGGAGCCCGGGCUGGGGAAUGCGAGAGCAAAAGGAAAAGUGGGGCGGAUAUAGGGGGUUUAAAUCCAUAGUUUCUCUCCAGAAGAUCUCCUCCUAAAUCCUAGACUGAUGCCAGAUGUGAAGGCAGCAAACGCAGCAGCUUAUGAAAAGGAAUUAUAUGACUGGUAGAAAGACCAGAAUUAGUGGAUACUCAGGUAACCUGAUAAACGGAAAGGAGGAAAAGCCUUGCCUGGAAGACCUGUUGAAGCCCCUUGAGUACAUCCUCAAACACGUGGGUGGGGAGAACCAGGUUCUACAGUCUACUUGAAUUUCCAGGCGCCUUUUUAAGCGUGAGCAGCCUCUAUUUCUGGAAGGCAGGCGCAGAUGAAGAGGGAAGAACAUAGCCUGGACAAAUAACAGAGUAAGAGAUUGGAAAGAGUGGGUCAGCAUGACCCACGGUUCGCAGGUGGCCUUCACCAGUGGGAGCCUGCAGGGAUCUUCACCCCUCAGUGUACCCAGCUCUCCUUUUGUGAGCAAAAUUUUAACAAGUUAAAACCGGAGCUAAGAAAAAUGAUAGGUAUUUUGCGGACUGUCCAGCUUUGGUGGUAUUUGAGUUAUUGAAAUCUGUAGCGUCUAGCUAGAGAGGUGUCCUGAGGAUUCCCACGGUAGGGAACUGGUUUGUUUGUGAUCUUGCUUUGUUUUGUUUCUCCUUACUCACCGCUGCCUUGCCUCCUGUGCUGGCGGGCCAGCAGGUUUUCCUGGAACAGGUCACGCGUCUGGCACCGAGCUGUGGCACUCUCUGCUAGGCGAAAGGGACCGUAUGCCUGUCAGACAGCCCCGAAAAGACUUUUAUUUAAGGAAUACCAGUGAUGCAAAGGAUUACAGUGACUGUCACUGUGCAGCUUUUGAAGUCUCCUGGAGUGCUGCAGCCGUGACCUGUGCAGGAUGGACCCCGUUGUUCUCAGUUACAUGGACAGUUUGCUGAGGCAGUCGGACGUUGCCUUGCUGGACCCCCCAAACUGGCUUAACGACCACAUCAUUGGGUUUGCCUUCGAAUACUUCGCCAACCACCAGUUCCAAGAAUUUAGCGAUCAGGUUUGUUUUAUCAGCCCUGAAGUGGCUCAGUUCAUUAAAUGUGCCCUUAGUCAGGAAGAAAUAGCCAUAUUCCUUCAACCGCUGGACCUUCUCCAGAAGAAGCUGGUGUUCCUGCCCAUCAAUGAUAACUCCAACCAGGUCGCUGGGGGCACCCACUGGAGCUUGCUGGUUUAUUUCAGGGACAAGAAGUGCUUCGCCCAUUACGAUUCCCACAGUAAAUGCAACUCUGUCCACGCCAAGCAAGUGGCAGGGAAGCUGGAGGCCUUUUUGGGCAAGAGAGGGGGCAAAGCAACCUUCGUGGAGGAGAAGGCGCCUGCCCAGCAGAACAGCUAUGACUGUGGGAUGUACGUGAUCUGCAAUGCCGAGGCUCUCUGUCAGGGAUACUUCAGGGACCGGCCGGAGCCUUUGCUGCAGCUCCUCACCCCCUCCUACAUCACACAGAAGAGAUCCGAGUGGAAAGCCCUGGUCACGAAACUGGCACAGAAGUGAUGGAGAUGCAGCUCUGGUUCCGCCCCCCCUGCAAAAACUGCCUUCCCCAUCCACGAGGCAGCACCCCCAGUGCCUGAGGGAGAUGCUCAUGCGCAGGAUUGUCCCAAAGAAGAAGAAUGUAACCCCUCCAGCAUGGCUACACCCCCCAAACACCCCCUUCCCUUCUGGAAAAGCCUUAGUCCCUUCUGGAAUUCACUGGCCUUUGAACUUCUAAUGAGAAAAGUCACUUUCCUUUCAAAGAAACCCUCCUCUCAAUGGUGAAGUUUUACACUAAUUGCUGUGGCAAAAUGGGUUGCUAAAGAGACUUCUCCACCUUUGCCCAGCAGGCAACACGCCCUCGUUUGGUGGCUUUAAUUGGCCACAGGCGUUGCUGUUCCAAGCCCGGUUUAGCAAAUGCCCUUUAAAACCGAGCCCCCAAAUGCUUUAUCGUGGCUAUUCUAAUUUGUGCCUCCUGCUAGUGGUAUUUGAGCAGCCUAGGAUUUAGCAGCAAGGAUGUUUUUACCCCUGAAAACCUGAUGCUGGAAUGUCGAUGUCAAAAGACGAGACUCCCGAGGAAAUGCUACAAUUAAUUAAAGAACGGGGCAAAAUCAAAAUCAGUUUUCUUCAGAUAGAUGCUCCUAGGCUGAACAGCGAUCGCUUUUUUUUUUGUCCCCCGCCCCUGCUCGCUCUUAUUACAAAUUAAAACCUGACUCUGAACGGCUGGAAGAUUAAUAGGAAGCUGAGAAACCCAAUCCUAGGAAAGGAAACUUAAUUGAGAUGAAAAGUGACACUCACUCUUUGAAGUUGAGUUGUGGUUUUUUUUUUCCAUUAUGAUUUUAGGUCGUCUCCAUUUGGAGAGGGUUCGUCAGCGCUCCCCAGCCCUCGUUAGUGUUCGCUGUGCUCAGAGCGUACGAGGCGGUCUCUGCUUCCUCUAGCACAAAACCAGUUCUGUUACUCCAGAUAAAAAACACACCAGGGAGAACAAAAGGACAGAGUUUGAGGUAUAAAAGCCAAAGAUAACCGCCAUCUCCUUGAAACCCAAGAAUUCCUUAAUACGCUUCUAAUCGAAACACUUUUCCUCCUGUGCUGGCUGAUGCCUGGGAUCUCAGAGCAGAUCCUCUCGUUAAGGCAGGCUUAGCAGUGGGGAAAAUAAAAAUUAAAAUGAGACGUAGUUGCAGGAUGAUCUCUAACCUCCUGAGCAGCAAAGCGCAGGUUGCUCAGGUGGCGUCUGGCAGAGCAACCGCCCCCCAGCACGCCAACGGGAUCAGGGAAAUCCAGGUUAAAUACAGCCCUCGGAAAAGGGGGAAGGAUUAGUUUGAACUUUGCCCAUCUUAUUGCCACCCCAGCCCCACGGCGUGUUUACCAGCGCAGCGCCGAGGGCGAUGAACUGUAGGAAGUUCUUAAACUUGUUGCUGAAGGUAAGUAGCCACAGCCCAAAACACUCUCCAAAAAACACCCGAGCAAACUCACACAGACAGCGGAGGGGCAAAACGAGGGUUGGGAUCGUUCCCGUCCUUCCGAGGCUGCCCAGAGGGGAGAGCAGCCAGCGGGCCAGGGCAUCCCUCCCAGCACCAGCCCUCCCUGGAAAACCCCUUCCACUGUGCUCGGACGGAGCUGAAAUGGCAUUGAGCCGCUCGCUGAAGGGGAUUCGCGUGGGGCUUCGCUGGAGCAACAUCACUGCCACGGCAGGAGGCUGCCUUUCUCCCGGGUCCGGAAUAAAACUCAACCAAAC